CAUGCAUGAAGCUAUUGUUCUCUGCUCUGGUGUACUCCCAAGGCUUUGCUCUUUCUGAAGUGAACUCAAAUGGCUUCCACUCUUUUCGAAACUCAUAUUCGCACAAAUCCUAGUCCACCAACGAGGUUGUCGCCCCAGAAAAUCUCUUCCUCGUUUCUCCAACUUCCCGCCCACGAACGUAAUUCCCGGAUCACUCUCUGCCCUCGAACGCUUCCUCGGAUACCCCAAACCGGCAAGCUCUCUCUUCAAGCUUCGCUCUCUUCUCCGAACCCACCAGCCUCAAGAGAAGAAGCCAUAAAGCAAGCCAGGACUUGCCUCUCCACCACCUUAGAGAAGCCCCUCAACAAUCCCAAACUCGCCGGCAAACUCAAGAAACUGAAGCAACCCAGGUUCAGAGUCGAGAUCCCCCUGGCGGACGACUCGCCCGACUCGCUGUCCCAGCUCGUUUCGGACGUGUUCCAAGACUUGCCCGUGAAGAGAAAAGGCUCUCCUGUCAAGAUUCUGUUUUUAUGGCCUGACGAGCAAUCUUCUACCAAAGGCUUUAAAUCGAAUAUAGCAAUUCAGGUGGAGCAUACAGACGUGUCAUCGGUCACAGAGGAUGAUGAUGUCCAGAUCUUCAAUUCUGCUGAUGUGGUGGUCGUUUUAGCUCCAGGGUCUUCGCAGUUGAAUGCGGUGAAAAAAUCGACUGAGAUAGUGGGCCCGAAGCCGGUUGUACUGUUUAAUCCCAAAUGGGCAUUUGAUGAAGAGGACAACUUUGGUGAGCUCAGGAGUUUUGUGGGAUCGUUUGAGGUAAUUUAUUCCUUCACGGGCUUGGAAGUUAAGGGGAUUUUGAGUAAGAGGAAAGGAGUGAUCUUUAAGUGCGUUAGAGAUGGGGUGGUCAGUGGGGAGAGAUGGGCUGUUCUUGUCGAAGAAGAAGAGGCAGGGAGUUUGAAGGUGGUUUCGAGGUUCAAAUCUCGGCCAUCCAUUGGUGAAGUCGAAACCGUGCUGUAUAAUUUGAUGGCCAUCAAUUCGCCUAUUACCAAGUCUGCAAAGUUCUUGAAGGAGCUUGUGUCCAAUGUAACUGGGAGAAAGUAGCAUUUCUUUGUAGCAAAAUUCUAUUUUUGUCUGAUUUCUCAUUUAUUCCCUGGCUGGUUAUCUGAGAAUAAUUCCAUCCUAAGCCUCCCGACCAGUGAAGAGUCCGCCCUACAUUCUUUUGAGGAUGCAUUGCUUUUAGUAUUCUUAAUUUUUGUGUAAUGUACUCGGGUUUAUGUAAAGCAGGUUGUACAAAGAGGGAAGAUUUUCUUUGUAGUC